AUGGUGGAUAAGUGGCUGGAUAAAGUUGACCGUUUGGCAGAGCGCUAUCACUGGGAUGACGAUGCCAUUCUACGACUGAUUUCUGGAAGACUGCGAGGCAAUGCCCGUCAGUGGUACGAAGAAAAUGUGGACUACGACUCCAGUUGGGAUGAAAUUAAAAGAUCAAUCAAACUUUCGUAA